UGAAAAACCCGCGUGACUACUUUACCGGAAAGUGACAUUUUGAUUUUUUUAGUUUUUAUGGCACAGAUAACACUAAUCCAAGAAAUAAGUUAAAAAAUCAAUUUCGUUGUUGUAUAUUCACUAGUUUAAGAAGUUAUAAAUUGUGAAUCUUUCUAUAUUUAACAUUUGGAGAUUAGAUUUCACUCAGAGAUUUAGACGUUUUUAAUUCUUGACUUUUUUAGGCAUGACAUGUCAAACUGUCAUGUCAUAAAUAGCUGUCUGUCAUCAUUGACUGUCAACAAAUUCCGCCUCCUCUAUCGAACAGCGACGGAUGUAUGUCGGUCAUUUGUUCGGUUUUGUUUAAUAUUUACUGUUCUGUUGUUCAUACAAAAUACUGUUAUAGUUACUGAAGUGUAAAAUUAAUGUUAUAAAGUAGUGUUCCUAAUAAUCAUAUUGUGAAGUGCAAAUGUGUUUGUGAAUAUGUUGUCGAGAUUUCACCAUUAUCACGGAUCAAAUAUUAUUUUGUUUGAGGAUAAUACUGUUGCAUACAGAAAAGCUAGUUUUGCUCAUGGCUUAACUUUUAGCGAGAAGCCCCUGCUGCCAGGGGAAAUAUUUCUGGUAGAAAUCGAGAAAACUGAACGAGGUUGGAGUGGUCAUAUGCGAUUAGGACUAACAUUGCUCGAUCCUCAGACGGCAGCACUGGGCGAUAAAGGAUUGCCACAGUACGCCCUUCCUGAUCUUGCUAACACUGGUAUGUCAUGGAUCUUUCCUAUUUCAAAAUCUCAGAACAAUGUUCUUGUAGAGCUUGUGAAUCAAGUAGCCAGUGGGCGGCGGGAGAAUGAGCCUCGCGUGUCGGUACUCGGUGACGGACAUGUAGUGAAGACACCGCGCGGCUAUGUAUCUAAAAUGGUCCUUAGGCCUCAAACGCUGUCACACAAUGGCACCCCUCAGGGCAUAUUACCGAUGGACGCUGGCAGUCGCAUAGGUGUUAUGUUUGUACCAUGUGCCAAAGUGAGCAAAGAUGAACCAGAUUUAGCUGAGAUGCAUUUUAUCAUAAAUGGUGAGGACCAGGGGCCUUGCACUAAGGCUAUCCCAUACACGAGGGGGCCACUGCAUGCUGUAGUUGAUGUCUAUGGCACUACAAAACAAGUGAAGAUUGUACAGCUAUAUGGAGUGAAAACACUGCAAAGUGUGUGCAGAGAUGCGAUCCUGCAGUAUGUGAAUAAUGGUUCUAUAAAGGCAUUACCGCUACCAAAGUGUUUAAAAGACUUUUUACUUUCAUAGAGUUUGGCUUAAAGCAAUGCGUGAAGGUUUGACAAUAAGCUGUUGAACAACUGUUUCUUUGAAAAACAAUGACUGGGUGAUAUUCUAACUAUGUAUUUAAAUUUUAUAUAUCCUUCUAAUUUAGACAUAUUGGAAAUUGUGUGUGAAAACUGGUAACAAGUGAGGGUGCACUUUGCAAAAAUUAAUGUCUCUUAAAACUAAACAAUUAUGUUGUAUUUUUAACUAAAAUAUAUUAAUUUCUGUUACUGUUUCAUAGUUCAAAUUGGAUGAUAAAAAAAAAACUGACUAAACGUUUUUCACAACCAUAGACAAGUAGAUAGCUACCUAUUGUAUUCAAAAAGUUUGUAUAAUUAAUAGUUCCUGAUGAUUAAAUUAAAUGUUUAAUUCAUCAAUGUAAAUAUGAUUCAUGUAAAUCUUGGUAUGAAGACUGAGAACUGUAUAUUAUGAAAAUUAUUUUUUUCCCAUGCAAUAGACUUAAAAAAUGAUUUUUUUGGUUUGGUUAUUUUUUUAAUUUGUUUGCAGAACACUAAAUCUAUGGCACAACAGCAUGACUAUGCAUAACUUGUUUAACUUAUUGUUUCACAUCGCCAAACUGAAAUUAUAAUUACAUUUUAUUACACACUCGUGCUAUUGACAUAAUUGUUUGUUUUAAAAUUAAUUGAUUUGUGUAAAUGAAUAUUUUUUUUAAUAUACAGAUUAUUAAUAUUAUUCAAUAAUUGGAAGUAUGUAUGUAUGUAUGUAAGACACUAGACAUAAAAAAGAAUAUGUACCAGUGAUUUGUAAUAUGUGCAAAUAUAAUUUGUACAAGUGAAUUAGAGCAAGUCAUCAUUAUUUAUUGAAUUAUAGUUUUGAUAAAAUGCUUUCCAAGUGAUUUUUAUUGAAAAGUUGUGAAUAAUUAGGAUGCAUACUGCAGUUAAGUUUUUAUGAAUUAAAUCUUAGUCUUUAGUCUCACGGUUAUGCUUAUUUGUUUCUUAAGGUUUAUGUUACGCAAUAAUGUGCAGAAGCAAUAUGGUAUAGUUCUCGCCAAUCUUCUUGGCGGCUCACAACUAAAUUCCGGGCACUAGUACUCGCAGGUAGCUUGCCAUCUGCUGAUACCCAAUGAUUUUCUGCACAGCGACAUGCAAAGUUCCGAGUCGCCAUAAAGAUUGGCGAAAACUGUAACAAAUCACUGGUUAAAAUAGUUUUGAUCUGAAAGUAGUCUAGUUAAGGUAACCACUGUUUAAACUGACCUAGGCUAGAUAAUAUACACUGUUAAAUACUCCAUGGACAACCAAGUAAUAUUAUAAAUGUGAACUGCAAAAACAAUUAUUUUAUAUAAAACUAAGAAUCUUUAUAAUAAAAACUUAAUACAGAUACCUAUUGAGUCUGGUACAAAAUGAGUCAUAUUAAAAUGAUAACACAAUCAAAUGAGUUGGAUUCAAGUUUAAAAUUUCAUUUGAUCUCUAUGUUCUCAGUUUAGGUAAGACUGCACUCAUAUAUUUUUUUUAUAACAUCAAGUACCCAUCAAACUCGAGCUUUGAUUACACUAACUAACUAAGCCAAGUAACGUAAAAAACUGAUUAAUCCUAGAAGAGUGACCCCUACACGAUUAAUUGAAUUGCGCAUUAUUAAUUACAAUAAAAAUAUUCUGCAAUAAAAGUUUUUGUUGCUAAAAAUCAUUGCGUAAUCUUCAAUUUUACACAAUUUGUAAUAUUGCGCAAUUUUAUUGAUCGUCUCGGCUGUCCCUAGGAUGGGCUUUCUUGCAGAUACGUAAAUAUUUGUUGACUGUCUUGUAAAUAAGGUUCUUUAAUAGGAAAAUCAAGUUUGGUUGGUAAUGUGAAAUAUGUGAUUUUUUUCCCCUCUAUUAUAUAUUUUUGUUGUGAUACCAUUGUAUAUUUUUAUUUUCAUUCCAUCAUAAGUGAUUAGAGUAACAAUGUUUCAUGUUGCGACAUUUCGAUUGAUAUUUUAUAUAAAAAUGGCUGUACAUUAUAUUUCGCCAUGUGGAUUUGAAGAAGGAGCCGAGGUAGAUGAGAAUUGCAAUUAUGUGCCAAAAGGCUAAUUAGGCUGCCACACUUUAAUGUUGUAUAAAAUUAUUUAAAGAAAAUGCUUAGUCGAAGAGUGCUUUCAGGCAAGCGUAUUAUAUUAUUUGGCAUAGGUAUUCGCUUGCGAUGAAUAUUUCAGUCUCAAAUCGUCCUAACAAGAGCACCAGUGCGGCUAUAUAAAGCCGGGCAUGUAUCAUUUGCCAUCAUAAUAUGGUUUUUGUCCAUCAUAAUAUGGAGCAAAUCGGAAGCGUCCGCAACUUGAUACGAUACGGUGAUCGGAUCGGGCAAAUGAUACAUGUCUGGACCCGCCUUUAGACUGUAACAUAUAUCUGCUCAGCCACAUUUAUACUUGGUCUGUUGCGUCUGUUUCAUUUUUAAGAGGGGUCGUAUCCUGAAAUCUUUAUAAAAGAUGUCGAAAAAAUUGUAAAUAUUAGAAAUCUCUAGAAUGUAGUAGAUUCUUAUGGAAAUUGUUUAAAUGUACUUAGUUAAUGUAAUCCCAAAAAGACGAAGUCUUUAUCACGCUUGUCUACGUCGGCUCCUUAAUGGUAGCUAUGAAAUUUUUAUUAUUUCAAUAAAAUUAUUUUGCCUAUCCA